UGUUGAUUACGACAGAAGCUCCGGUGUGACAGCAUUCCACUUUACGACAGCACAGGCCUGGUUAUAUUUGUUGGAUCCCGUUUUUUAAAAUUACGCUACACGCUAUCAUUUAAAUCACUUGCGAGGCCAGUAUCUGCUUAAAUACACAAUGGGGAUUGAGGAGGAAGCGGACCGGACGCUCUUCAUAAGAAAUUUGGAUUCAAGAGUGACGGAGGAGCUCUUGUUCGAGCUGUUUGUACAGGCCGGACCUCUGAUCAAAACUAAAAUUCCCAAAGACGCGGAUGGGAAACAGAAAACCUUUGGUUUUGCCGUUUACAAACAUGAAGUGUCCGUGCCAUAUGCCAUGCAGCUACUGGAUGGGACAUCGAUUCACGGGAGAACCAUUCACGUGCAGUUCAGAUCAGGGAGCAGUCAUAGCAACAGUCCAGGGAACUCACAGAAUACAAGUCCGGCAAAUACCCCAAAUCCGCACGGACAGAGGACCCCGACCCACUUCAGUACUCCACCCCAAAUGCAGAGGUCCAAUUCAUCUCCCGACAAUCUGCAGAAGCAUGUCAUGAUGAACAACAUGAUGUGGCUCCAUAUGCAGCAGAUUGAACAGUUAAAUAGCGGUUUCUCCAAGCCUCUGCAGAGGCAGCCGCCUGCAGGUGGGAACUCGGGUGGAGGCGGCUCAAGGCAUCACGACAACAACCCCUACCGCCAGCCCUCCCAGAUGCACAGCGGUGGCAGAAACCAGCGCUACGCAGACGACGCAACUACCGGACGUCACCAGCAACAAGGCUACAACCGAGACGGCCAUCAACAACACGACAGGAGCGGCAACCGUCACCAUGACAGCAGAGGUGGCAACAGACACCAUGACGAUAAGGGCGGGAACCGUGGCCACCAAGAUAACAGAUGGCGACGGUACUGAGGCGUGUAAAGGCCUGCUGUAGAGACUUUACAAAAUAAUGGACAACUUCCAAAAAGAGAAAUGAUGGCUUUUGUUGACAUUCACAUGUAUACUCAGGUUGUUUGUACAUGAUCCCACCACUCUGAAGAUUUGAUAACUUAUGCCUUCGAGACAUUUUUGUUUACUUUUUAAGGUGUUUUUAAACUUCUAUACUUUCAUGUGAGUUUGUCCUCACAGAAAAUAUUUUGAGCUGUAUUGAUGGAGAGCAAGGAAACGCUAUAGGAGGCGACUCGUCAUUUUAGAUGAUCGAGAUGAGGAAAAAAAAAACGACUUGCAAUAUUGGGCAGUUUUUUUUAUGUUAUGCAAAAACCAUUCAGAUGGUGCAGCAGAAAUUCUUCAGGUAUUUUGUAAAAUGAAACAGCUAAAGAUUUCGCCAGCACCAGUUUUACAAUAAUAGGGCACCAUCCUUUUUUAAUGUUAGAUCUGUUGACCUUGCUCUUUAUAAAAAAGAAAGAAAAAAAAUGUAUUUAAUUUUUUUAUUCGAAGUCUGAAAGAUGAACUGUUUUAAAAAAUGUCCAUUGCUAUAAAGCUCCUUUCAUUUGA